CGAAACCUAUAGCUCUCUCUGGCAACUUACAUAACUAUCUCAGAAACGGUUUGGAUAUUGCCGCGAGAUUACACAGAUCAGACAUAUUUGGACUUGGUAACGCUGUUUGAUUGUUGAAUAAACUGUCAAAAGUCAUUAAAGUUUGGUAAAAGCAUUGGGAAGUUGAUGUCAAUGAAAGUAAAAGCUAUCCACGGCGGAAAUGAUAUUUCAACUGGGGUGAAUAUAUCGGAAUUGUAGUCGCCUAUACAGUAACAAUACAGCGCCUCGGAGAUAUAGCGGAACUAUUAACAAAUGAGUCUUACAGUGCAUAACACAGUACAAUCAUCACUUGACAAACCGAUAUUGGAUAAUAAACAACGGAAUUACGAAAGGAAAUUAGGACUACGUAUAAUUGUAAUAGAAAAAUGUUGAAAUACAAUACUGAUAUUGAUCGAACUAUACUUUCCAUCUAAAGUUCAUGAAUUUAAAAUAAUACACUUAAAAAUACAUUUUACGAUUCGAAAACCGAAAAGAUUUAUCAGAUAUUACUGACAGAAUGCCAAGGAAUGAUGAUAUAACAUAGAUUGAAGAAGAUAAUGGGUAAUUAAACAAGAAUGUCAUCAGAUAUUUCUGAAUGUUAUGGUAAUAUACUACGAGCAAAUUUUUGUAUAAUGUUGUAAUUAAAAUGAACGGAACUGCUGUAAGGUCGCUUGAAUAUUUGUGAUAAAUUAGAUUUGAAAAUAAUCUAAGUGGAAACAUUGAAUGACUAUACUCAUUUCGUUAAUUUCAUCCUCCGAAAAAUGAUCAGGUUUCAGAUUUUGCAAACAUGUACAAACACAAAACUUCACAGUUGUUUUACUGGUAUUUAUGCAUACUUAUGGGUAAGGCGUGAAUUAUACAGACAUGAAAUCAAUGGUGUUUAUAACACUGCGUGCAAAUAUAUGUUUAAAUCGUAAAAGAACACAAGAGACAGUCUGAAAAUUACAUUGGAAGGAAUAAACAUUCAAAAUGAAUUCAACGACAUCGUCACCUUCUAGUGAAAUUAACUUACUGGAUGCAUUUAGUAUGCGGUAUAGCCAAUGGCACGGCUAUAUAAGUUUGACAAUAUGUGCGUUAGGAAUACCUCUUAACAUUAUAAACAUAAUAGUUCUUACUAGAAGAAAAAUGCGUACUCCCAUAAAUUUUAUUCUGACGUGUUUAGCAAUAUCUGACAUGGCUACUAUGAUAUCAUAUGUGCCUUUCGCAUUCCAUUUUUAUUGCCUGUAUUCAUCGAAUGCAAUAUCAUCUGAGAAGAAUAGCUGGGAAUGGAUGAAUUUUCUGCUAGUGCAUUUGAAUUUCUCUGCCACGGCUCACACUAUCUCUAUUUGGCUUGCUGUGGCUUUGGCAAUGAUUCGCUACCAUCAAAUCCAUUCUCCUGCAAAAGGCAACUUGACGCGCAUGCGCAGGCUUGUUCGUGCUAGGGUGAUAGUUGGUAUAAUAGGAAUAUUUUCUAUUGCAAUCAUGAUACCAAAUUACUUAAGUCACAAUUUAGAACCAUAUAAAUUACGUGAUAAUACAACAGUAUAUGUGUUCGAGGAAUGGCAUCUUGGAUCCGACCUAGUCAAACCGAUUAAAAUGAUAGCUUUGAUAUUGUACAGUGCUUUAGCAAAGUUAGUACCUUGUGUUAUGAUAAUUAUCUACGGUGGACUUCUCCUUAUAACGUUACAUAAAACAAUGAAGCACCAACGACAUUUAUCAUCGAACCGAGCGUGCUCAAAUUCACAGAGAAGUAAUGAUCCGUCAAGAACAACAACUAUGUUACUUAUCGUUAUAGUGCUCUUUCUACUAACAGAGUUGCCUCAAGGUAUUUUGAUAAUGUGCUGUAUAUUUAUCAAAGAUUUUUUUGAAAAUACUUACAUACCAUUAGGUGACGUUAUGGAUAUUCUCGCUUUGAUAAACAAUGGCAUAAAUUUUGUGUUAUACUGUACAAUGAGUCAAGAAUUCAGACGAACUUUUGUUGAAGUCUUUUGUUCACCACUAAUGAAAAACCAAAGACCAAAUUCUCACGCAACAACAGUUAUGUAUUCUAAAAGAUUGCAAAAUAGUAUUCUUUAGGUAUUUGUGUUUUAGUAUCACUCGUUUAUUUUGUUGUAAAAUAGUUUUAAAUUAAAGUGCACUGUGUGCCUUUACAAAAUGAAUAUCAGUUUGAAAUGCGGGAAAUACAUGGAUUGCAUGUUGUUGUUGUUUUAUUAGAAAAUAGCAAUUUCAUAACUGUUAAAGCGGAACGUUGUAUCUACUACCAUGAGAUUGGAAGAAUUUUACUUUGUCAAAUAUGCCGACUACGGCGGUACUGGUUUAUCCUUUAGAAUGUUUCAUAAUCUUAUUAUAGUUUAGCAAAUGAAAUUGUGAUACACAUAAUAGGUUCAUGUGCCUUGCAUUUAUUAAUAUACUGUGCCAUGUUACAUGGCAAAUCAUAAGGAAAUUUUGUUUAAUCUUAAACUUUACAUGAUUUCAAAGUCUGAAUUGUAUGCAUAUUUUGAAAAUACAAAUUAUAUACAAUCAUACGCCUGUCGUGCAAUUGUCGUGUCUGAUACCUCCGUGAUAAUAGCAGGCGGAAAAAUGGGUUUUGGGAACAAAUGAAAGAAUAAUGCAGAACAAAUACUUAAGUAAUGAAAUAGUUUAGUACGAACUUAAUUAUAGAAAUAUACUUUUAAAGACAGUUUUCCAUGCUUAUUGUGUAACUAAGAUAAGUACCAGAUACAAUCUAGGCAUAUAGUGUUAAAGAUGGUUUUGCAGCAUCCUGAAUUGCGGAAGUAAACUACAAGCUGAGCGCCUAAAUGCGAUAUACCUAUUAUUACCUAGUGCAUGUGAUCUUAAUUUUGAAAAAAUAAGGACUUGUGCUUGAAUUUUUUAUACAUGUUUUUUCCCCACAGUAAGCUUAUUAGAGCAUAGUUCAAUCACAAAUUAAA